AUGGGCUGGGAAUCUGUGUGUGAGAGUGAAGAAUUAACCCCAAAGCAGGACAUUUGUGAAGCACAGUCAUCCCAGAAGAUAAUAGUAAACUUUAAAAGCUGCGGUCUUGAGUACUCCAAUUUGAGAGAGGAAUGGAAAUGUGAGGGCCAUUCUGAGAGGCAACCAGUGAAUCAGAAGUCAUAUUUCAUAGAAGAGACAAUUACUAAUGAAGUAGCCCUUAUUUAUGAAAGAGGACAAGAAUAUAACAAAUCUUGGCAAAGUUUCCAUCUGAACACACUGCUUCAUACACAACAGAUAGCUUCAAAAGAGGAGAAAGUACAUAAACAUGAGACACAUAAGAAAGGCUUUAAAAAUAACUUAGUGGUUAUUAAACCCAAGAAUAUAUAUACAGAGAAGAAACUUUUGAAAUGUAAUGACUGUGAAAAAGUUUUCAGCCAAAGCUCAUCCCUUAUUCUUCAUCAAAGGAUUCAUACUGGGGAGAAGCCCUAUAAAUGUGUAGAAUGUGGGAAAGCCUUUAGCCAGAGAUCAAAUCUUGUUCAACAUCAAAGGAUUCAUACUGGAGAGAAACCCUAUGAAUGUAAGGAAUGCAGGAAAGCAUUCAGUCAGAAUGCACACCUUGUUCAACAUCUGAGAGUUCAUACUGGAGAAAAACCUUAUGAAUGUAAGGUGUGUAGAAAAGCCUUCAGCCAGUUUGCCUAUCUUGCUCAACAUCAGAGAGUUCAUACUGGAGAGAAACCCUAUGAAUGUAUUGAAUGUGGGAAAGCAUUUAGUAAUAGAUCAUCCAUUGCUCAACACCAGAGAGUUCAUACUGGUGAGAAACCUUAUGAAUGUAAUGUGUGUGCGAAAGCAUUUAGCCUUCGUGCAUACCUUACUGUACAUCAGAGGAUACAUACUGGAGAGAGACCCUAUGAAUGUAAGGAAUGUGGGAAGGCCUUCAGUCAGAAUUCACACCUUGCUCAACAUCAGAGGAUUCAUACUGGAGAAAAACCUUAUAAAUGUCAGGAAUGUAGGAAAGCAUUCAGCCAGAUUGCCUACCUUGCUCAACAUCAGAGAGUUCAUACUGGAGAGAAACCCUAUGAAUGUAUUAAAUGUGGGAAGGCUUUUAGCAAUGAUUCAUCCCUUACCCAACAUCAAAGAGUUCAUACUGGAGAGAAACCUUAUGGAUGUAAUGUUUGUGGAAAGGCUUUUAGUUACUGUGGAUCCCUCACCCAACACCAGAGAAUUCAUACUGGAGAGAGACCCUAUGAGUGUAAGGAAUGCAAGAAAACCUUUAGGCAGUAUGCACAUCUUGCUCAUCAUCAGAGAAUCCAUCUUGGGUUGUCACUUACACCUAAUUCUGUCAAUCACCAAGUCCUAUAGAUCUAUUAUAAAUAUUUCAGGAAUUUAUAUAUUUUUCUCUAUCUUUAAUGUCACCCUAGUCCACUUCACCUGGAUCACUGCUGUAGCUUUUCUAACAGGCUUUCCUGUAUCAAUUUUGCUUUCCUUAAAUUUAUUUCUCACCAUGCACCCAAAAUAUAUUUUUUAAUACAUACA